GUAUUUACUACACGAAAUAUUUGAGGGAAAAAAAUAGAAAAGAAAAGAGUGGGAAAAUGCAGUCGGGAAAGAACGCGGCGGAGUCGGUGAAAGAAUCGGCCGCCAACGUGGGGGCCUCUGCGAGGGCUGGCAUGGAAAAGACCAAAGCCACGGCUCAAGAAAAGGUGGACAAAAUGCGGGCCCACGAUCCAUUGGAGAAGGACAUGGCGAGCGAAAGGAAAGAGGAGCGGCUUCACGGGGCGGAGCUCGACAAGCAACAGGCGCGUGCAGAACACGCGACAGAGAGGCAGGCCGCUUCGAAGACCGGAGCGCACACCGGUCUGACCACCGGAACUGGAACCGGAACCGGAACCCGUGCCUAUGACCCGACCGUGGGCGGCACCGACCGUUGAAGCGUGCGGACUUUUCUGAUUAUAAUAAUAGCUUGUUUUGUGUUUUAAUGUUGGUAAUUAGUAGUUUGGUGGAACUCGUGUACGGUAUAUUGUGAAAUAAAUAAAUAUUUUCAUUUUAAUAA